UCCAUGGAGAAAGAGUACUUCAUGAAUGGCGGAAUCCCUAAUCCAGCCCUUCAGUUUGAACCUACUAUGGCAUUCCCUUCUUGGAAUCCCUUACAUUCAGGGCAAUCUUCUGAUUGCUUAUUUAACCCCAACUGGGACCAUUCAACAGCUCAAUUUAACCAAUUUGACUCAACUUUGAACUCAAUUGUAUCUUCUUCCCCUGCUGAGUUGGUUGGGAAACGUUCCCCUCAACCGGUAUUCAAUAAUUUGCACAAUAACAGUAACAAUUCGUGUUAUAGUAGACCUGUAAACUCUCCACCGAAACUACACAUACCCAUGAUGGGAAAAGAUAAUAUACCCAAUUUGGGAAGUUCACUUCCUCCUCCAUUGCCUGCUGAUCCAAGUUUUGCUCAAAGAGCUGCUAAAUUUUCUUGUUUUGGGAGCAGUAGUUUCAACGGCAGAACGAGUCCGUUGGGGUUGAACAAUACGGAAUUAUCACAUAGAUCUGCUCAACCAUUGGGGAAUGGAAAGUUGCCUAGAGUUUCGAGUAGCCCUUCUCUCAAGCAAGGUGGAUCCCCUUUGCAAAUCAAGAAUUCGGGUCAAACCCGGAUGGAAAUGAUGGCCAAUAACUCUAAUGAGUCUGCUUCAGAGCCAAGUGGGGAAACAGGGUCAAAACUUCCAACUGAAUUGAAUUCUAGUUCUAGAAAAAGAAAAACAGUUUCUAGAGGAAAUUCAAAGGAAGAUUCUCCAACUCAAGGAGCUAAUGGAAACAGGGGAGGUGAAGCUGAUGAUAAUGCAAGAGGAAAGCGAUGUAAACAAGUAGAAAGUACUGGGAUAGAAGUUAACAUGGAGGAAUCAAAGGAUGAUGAAACCCAAAAACAAGUUAUGGAAAAUCAAAAGCCUCCUGAACCACCAAAGGACUAUAUUCAUGUUAGGGCAAGGAGAGGACAAGCUACUGAUAGCCAUAGUCUAGCAGAAAGAGUGAGACGAGAGAAGAUUAGUGAAAGAAUGAAGCUGUUACAAGAUCUUGUACCAGGCUGUAAUAAGGUGACAGGAAAAGCACUAAUGCUUGAUGAAAUUAUAAAUUAUGUACAGUCACUCCAACGACAAGUCGAGUUCCUAUCCAUGAAGUUGGCAACAGUGAACCCAAAUUUGGAUUUCCCCCUUUCCAAGGAUAUAUGCCAACCAAAUGGCUCUCUGCCCCAUCCUGUUUUCCCAGUAGAUAAAACAUCAUCUUCUUACCAACAAGGCCGGAGCGAUAUUCCUAAUGGGGCACUAAGUCGAUGCUCAGUGGACACGUUAGAUAACUCACUAUGCCGCAGCCUAGGAAUGCAAUUGCCUCCCCUUGAUGGAUUUGCUGAAUAUCUUAAUCAGUUCCCUGCAAUAUGCGAGGAUGACCUGCAAAGUUUUGUGCAGAUGGGAUUUAGCCAAAACCCCAACAAGGAUAUGACACUGCAAUCACAAGGGCCUCAUCAAACGUCUCACAUGAAAAUUGAGAUGUAGUCAUCACCAUUCAUUUGUCUACAAUUAUUAAAAGAAAGAGACUUCUGUAUAUAGGA